UGAUUGCACCACUGCACUCCAGCCUGGGCAACACAGCAAGAUCCUGUUUAUAAAAACAAAACAAAAAACCCAGCUUGAGAUGGCCAGGGAUUUCCAGAGGCCCUAGGCGGGCCGCCUUGGAGAAAGAGCUCGCAUGGAAGGGCCAGCAGCUUGGGGCUGGAGAUGCCACCUGGAUGGAUUCCUCCAGCUAUGUGGACUAGGGGACAGGGUGAGGAGAUAAUGGCCUGGACCACAUGGAAGGACGUCGCCCUGAGCCAUUGAAAAGGGCUGUGGGGUCCAUGACCACUCCUGGCCUUCCCUUGACUAUGAUGGAGACAGUAGCUUCCAGUGUAAAAUGUGAGCUCAGUUCCUGACUCGUGUCUAGCGGGUGGUGCCUGGUCUUCGGCUGGCGAUGCUCCAUGUCACCUAUGCCCAGAAACUGGGCCAUGCCCUUUGUGAGGACCUGCCCACAACGUCGUUCCCGCAGGGUCCCCUGGGAACCGGGCUGCCCGGGACCCGGCCCUGCCGGGGUUCCCUGCACCCCAGGCCAGAACCCCCAGAGCUUUGGCCGUUCCCACAGCCAUCCCGCGGGCCCCCUCCACGGUGCGUCGCCUGGGCGCCAGCGGUCGCUAAGCUGCAGCCUGGGGCUCCCGGCCAUCCCGGGCGCUGGCGGCGGUGGAGACAGCAGGGCGGAUGGCGGAGCCCGGCCGCCCGUGGGCCCAGGCGCGUAGUGCGUACAGAGCCACCGAGGUGCUGCGGCGCGGCACGGGCCGCCGGCGGGACCCGGGGCCGCAAUCCAAUGGGCCGGGCCAGGAGGACGCCCGAGCCCCGGGCCGGCUGGCUCGCCUACGCGGCCAGCUCCGGGCCGAAGCGGCUUCGCGGUCGGAGGUGCCGCGGCUGCUGAAGCUGGUGGAGCGUGCGGGGGCCGGGGCAGCGGGCGCGGGCGAGAAGACCGGCGCGCACAGCAGCGGCUCCGUGUGCUCGGUAUGCGGGGAGCCCUGCGGCGGGGCCACCUACCCCGCGGGGGUCCUGGAGGUGAGCGAGCUGCGGCUGCAGGAGGGCCUGGCGGCAGUGCGCGCGGAGCUCGGCGCCGGGAUUGGGGCGCUGCGCGCGGAGCUUCGAGCAGAGCUGGACCACCUGCGCGCGCUGCUGCCGCCGCCGCCGCCGCCGUCCCCGCCUGCCCGCCGCAAGCCCCGUGGCCGGACCCUGCUGCGGACGCUCGGCACCGUGAGCGCUCUGGUCGCCGCCUCCAGGCCCGCAGACGACGCCCCGGACGGCCCAGCAGAAGGCGGAGCGCACCGAGCCCCGGCCAGGAAGAACCACAAGAAGAUGCCAGUGCCGCCUGGGGCCCCGAAAGGUGGCGGGGACUAAGGGCGGCCUAGGCGAGGUCUCAGUGAGGAGGCAGGGUCUCCACGCACUGGAAUAAUGUCAAACCACACACAAGGGCACAGAACCCAGGGACACAGGGCGGCUGAGACACGCAGCUGGUGAUGUCUCUCAGGAUGGUGUCAACCAGUAUGUGAUCACAUUCCACACGGCACCGACUGGACAGCGUCCUCCGGUCAGCCUCACUCUGACUGCAACCCCCUCUCACUGGACAGCAUCACCUAGACAGAGCCUCACCUAGUCUGUGUCCCGUGGACCCAGCUUUGCUUUGGACAGUGACACCAAGAAUACUCACCCCUUAGCCAGUCCACAGGCAGCCACCUGGACACAAACAUCUCUCCAGAGUCACCCUCCACGCAGACUCCACAGCAGAACUCCCAGGGAGGCACUGGGGCAUGGCUUCGGAACACCAGGCAGCCCUCCACCUGCAGCCAGAGCAGCCUGCAGCGGCGCCUGGAGCCAGCAGCUUCUCAUCUCUUGGCCUCGGGAAAUGUAGCUGGAGUCAUCAUUUAGCAGAGCACACUGUCCCUGGGUUGGUCACCCAGCUUAGUUUUAAAAUAAAACAAUGUAAUCUUGGCUUAAUGGUGGAA